UUUUCAAGAACAGGGUCUAUUUAAAGGAGGUGGAUGCUGACUGAACAGAAACACACACAGCCAGCUUCUAUGGAGAGAUGCCUCACAAGAACGCACCAAAGUGACAGAUACCGUCUGGCCUACAGGAAACUGUGCACAGACACAGCCUUCUACGGUUUGUUUACCUGCUUUGUGUCCUUGUCUUUCUCCUCAUCUCAUCCUACCAAGUGAGACAGCAACUGAGAAAUCUACAUCAAGAGGCUGCAUGAUAUCAAUAGUACAUCACUACUGUACAGGCCACGUUUGAGGGGUAUUUUAAGAAUACACACACAGAUAUGUACAAGGAGCAUCCUGCAUGAGGUAGGACGGCUGCUGGAUGUCUCUUUUCCAACUGAGCUGUUGUUUUCUAUCAUUAAUGUUACUAAAUGCUCACUACUUAAUCAAGUCUAAGCCUGUGACUGUGACGUUUGAUCAGCACGAUGUAUCCAUCUUUGACUCAAAGCUGCUGCACCAGGGAAGAAGCAUUAGUGCUGGAGCAGGUCUUUAAGAAAACAGUGAAAAUCACCUUCAGUUUUUAUGGUGCUCAGUGCUUGAAGAAAUAUUUUGGGUUGACAGAAGAAAAAAAUCUAGUACAAAGUAUGUGGGAUUAAAAGUCACUGGCCAUACAGAUUGCAGGUUUAUACCUUCAUAUACCUCACAGUGGUGAUCUCUAAAUCCAGCAGACCUUCAUUUUUUCUGAUUUACUAGAUUACAUGGAAAAGCAAAACAAGAUUUUGUACCCUUUUUACAGCCCAGUGUAAUGAGGCUUUUUGGUUGCAGGUGACUGUACUUGGGCAUUUGACUGAAAUCAUUUUAAUCGAUCAAGUUAAUUAAAGUCAAAAAUGUUUUAGUUCGUGGUAAUACACACGCUGAAGAUUUUGGGCUCCAGUUGCUGUGUUUUCUAACUUUUUCAGAGGGGAAAGAACACACCACAUAAAUAAUUUGUGACAUUCUUCUUGUGUUUUUUCUGAUCAAUACAGAAGAAAAUUUGCUGCUAGGAUAAGCAAGUAAACUCAGAGAAGCCUCACAUAAAUCCACUGAGUGGACUAAAUCGUCCCGGUAAAUAAUUCUUAAUGAGACUGAAAAAAACAAGUGCAGAGAGAGCUGUGUUUAAGUGUGUCCAUGAUUAAGCAGCUAGGAUCUUGAGCGCUGAGGUGUAUAUAAUGAGCUUGGCAGGUAAGGUAAAUUAUCUGUCCCCAGCAGAGAGCUCACUGGCACAAAUGUUGAGAAACACUGAUCUAAGAGUUUUAGCAACCUGGACAGUUGGCUCAGCACCUACAGGACCAGAUUCUUAUGGAAACUCCAGAUACCUUUUCCAUUUUUUGUUUUUGUUUCUGCAUAAAUUUUGUUUUAAAGUGCAGUGGUUCUAAUAGGGAUCAAGAAACCAUUAGGUGUCAAAAGGUCCUGAGAUGAAUAAAACAGCAAAAAGUUUGAAACGUGACUUUGAGGUUGUCUGUAUAUAGCGACUUAUUAGGAAUCUGUGUUAAUAUUGGUGGCUAUUUCAGAUUUAGUCUUAGUCUUAGGAUUGGAUAAGCCUUCAAUUUGAGUCACAUUUUAUCAUCACGUUUCAGUCAUUACUGUUCGUCAAAACAUUUUCUGUUUUCAAAGUACGUUGGAUGUCCCAGUGUUCAAAUUUGUAGUUUCACUUUCAUAACACUUAAACUUCCAUUAUAUCUAUAUUUAGUUUAGACACUCCCAUCAAUGCAAUGCUGCUGUGCUGUCCCUGCUGAUCUGCUGAGGUGCUUUAGAGAAAUGAUUCCUGCUCCAAGUAAACCACUCUUCCUGCGGCCAUUAUGGAUGUAUUGAUUUUCUUUGACUUCCUCUUUUUCUCCUUGUGGGGUGCAGCUCAGGCUGUGUCUCAUUUCAGAGACUGCACCGUCGAACGGUGCAUUUCAAGUGUGCGUGAUGUCAUCACACGGCGCUAAUGGUGUCCCAUCUGGCUUGUAAUUCUGAGCGCGCUUCAAAUGCGGUCUCAAAACCACCAUGCCCCCGCCCCUUUUUCAUGGCUUUGGUAUCCCAGAAUUCUUUGCGUGUCGCUGCACAGCUGCACAUUUCGGGUGAGAGGCCAGACUUGCUUGGAGACGCAGCGCAUCUUCAAAGAAAACAAAAGAAAUGCAAAAACACAGUCAGCUCAGGCUGCAUGAGCGCAUGAUCUCUUAACUCACUAAAAUCUGCAAACCAAACAUGAUAGUCUUUAGUGACGAACUGAUCUGCUCUGCUACCUCAAUCAAAAACAUUGGAAAUAAGAAAGCUGACAAAACUACAGCAGAGUAUCAGGACAACAUUUUUUUUCUAAAGACUUAGAGAUUAAAGUUGUAAACUUAAAUAAAGAGAAUAAAGUCAUAAAGUAAAUAAAGUCAUAAAGCUGCUUUUGUGGAGGGGGAAAUGGAUGAACUGGUCAUCUGCAGGGUUAUCGGUGGAUGCAUCAGCGGGUCAUUCAGAGAGUUUUUGUGGUAUUCAAGAAAUAAUCCAACUGGUGAUCAACAUUUGUGAUCCAGAGGGAGUCGAGCUCUGACGUGCACCAUGUUUCUGACACCGGCGGUAAACUACACCUGCAGAGACACCAACACCUAUACGGCAUAUGGAUUCAUAUCAUAAAUUAAAGCUCAAUGUCAUUCACGGCGAUUUACGGCUGCAUUGACAGAUUUAUCUGCAGCAUUUAUCCAUUUCUGCCUCCACAAAAGCAACGAUUUCCGCUAAGUCCAUCUGUUUUUUCCUCUGGUAAAGCUGCAUUUCUCAUAUAUUCUUUAUAAAGUCCUUAUACUUAUGACAAUGUGAUGCUGAUGUGCCAGCGGAUGAAGUAUCUCCUUGUUUGUGAAACCUAUACUGAAGCACAGUUCGUUAAAAUGCUUCAUGGCCCUAAUUUUAACAAGUCUCCUCUGAAAUAACAUGUAACUUUACGACUUUAUUCUCAUAAAUUAAUGACUUUAUUCUUGUAAAUUCACGACUUUAAUCUCCAAGUCUUUAAAAAAAAUUCUCAAUAUGGCCCUCAUACUCCUUCAUACAAAACAAUCAUUGGAUGAAUUUUGUGGAAAUGAUCUGUGCUCGUAUGUAUCUAUUGUUUUGUGUCUGUGCAAGGUCGCACAAUUAAAAAAUAACUGCUGUGCUCGGCGGCUUUUUUUCUAGUCAGUCGUGACGCGACCCUGAGGGUGGGGACAUUUUGCAACUCAACCGGGGAGUCCUCCGAAGGGUAGACCAUCCCAAUUCACAAAAACCAUCACACCCAGGGUCCUCAAGUUCACAUAACAGCAGUGUGCUCAGCUAAGCGCACUCAGCCGUAUGCAGUCUUUGAAAUGAGACACAGCCUCAGGGUUGAGGGUUCUGGUUCAAGUCCAAGAAAUGCUCCUGGACAGGUACUCGAUUCACCGCACUCUCAGUCAUAUCUUUAUUUUUACUAAUUCACAGCGAAAUAUCACACCACAUGUGCUUUCUGACAUGUUUCAAGACUAGGACAUAAAAAGGUUUGGACACAGAGCUGUUAAUGAUAAGAGCAGGGAUGGAAACGUCAAACAUUAUGGAGCCAGUAACAUCAUUAUCAGCACGCUACUGGAGAAGUUUCUAUAAUGCUGCGCCCCUCAACUUAAGAGCUGGAUGAGACGUGAAGAGGUCUGGUUGUUAAGGGGGUCACCUGUUUACUACUGCCAAGGUGUCAAGUGAAACACUAAGGACCCAACUAUAGAAAGAUCCUCAUUCGAACAUCUGGGAAUAAGCACUAUUGUAUCUGAACUGUUAUCAAAAAUCAAAAGAAGAGGGUGAACUGGUUUUAAUGGCCCUCGAUUCAACAAGGAUGAGAAUCAGUGCUCAGCUUGUUUUAUUCUGCAACUAUAAAAGGGUAUAUUUACUGUUUUUUAUAAAGACCCAAUAACUACAACAUUAAGUCGGCUUCCUAAAAACACAAAAUAUUAUUUUACUGAAUUUUGCUCAUGCAGCAAGAUUUUCUAGCUUUAAAUUUUGCAUGAAGAGGUUUUACCCUGACUUUAAAGACAAAGUAUUUAAUAUUCAUCUAUUCUCCCAUCCUUGGGGUGGUUGAGUGUAUGCAAUUCUGUUUUAAAUUUCACAAGCACAAGUAAAACCGUAUACAAGGACACAUAUUGGCUCUAUUACUGCUGCUCAACACCAAGAGGAUAGUUUUCUUCCUCAUCAGAAUAAAUAAGAUCAUCCACCUGUGAAUGUGAGCGCAAUGAACAGAUAAAAUCGGCACUAUUUUUUAUAACGGAGGUGAAAACAAUCCUGUAUUCAUGGUCGAAAUGUUGUAUUUGUUUUUUUAAGAAUAUAUAAAGCUUUUGUGUGAGGCAGCAGUUUGUCCCCAGAGUCGGGGAGAGCUGGAGUCGAUAAGCUUAAUGACUCUCACUCUUCAAAGCAGACUCAUUUGAAUAUUAAAUUAUACCGAAUCAUUAAUUUGAAAAAAAAAAGUGAGGGAUAGCAUGGGCAGAGUUUUUGCAGCAGAUGUUGAAGAUGGUUGCAAAUGCAAGGCCACAGAGAGAAAGAGGGAGAGACGGAGGGACAGAGAGAGAGGAGAGAGAGAGGAGCAAAAACAUAAACACGAUAAACACUAAUUAGCUACUCUAAUUGAAGUGCACUCUUAAAGUAAUUACUAGGCAGAGGAAGCAGUAUUUACGUUCAUAAAUAAUCCUGACAGCACAGGGAGCUAGUGCAGGAGCAGAGUCCGUCUUCUUUCCUGUGGGUCUGUGGAUGGUGGAUGUGCUGCUCCAUAAAUCUGUCACUCAUCAACAACAUCAGUGAGAGUUACUGCUAAUGGCUUUGCUCAACAGUAGAUUUGUACACAUUAAAUCAGCUGUGGAUCUUUGGAAAUUGUCCUGAAGUAGCUCAGGACAAGUGUUGUUUCAAGAGCAGUGUUCGAGAAAAUCAUAUAGGAAAUGAGAAGAGAUGUAUGUCAGAUAUUAGAAAAACAGAUACAGUUUAAAUAAUUAAAGUUUUCCUGUCUGGUAUAUGCACAACAUACAGCUCAAACAUUAUACACACACGCACAUCAUUUCACAAAUAGGAUUUCAUGGUCUGCAAUGUCCAGUUUGGAUGGGAAGUAUUACUGCUAAAUGAGAAGAACCAGGAAAGUCUGGAACAAUGUGUCAGUCAAACGACACCACAGACUCUUUGUUUCACUCAGCCUGCUGUCAGUUAGUCAGACCACCAGGUCCCUGUGCGUGUCAGAGCGCUGCCUUCAUUAAGGGAUGUCACUCUAUGUGUCACACACACAGUACAGAGAUGGCUAUUUUAAAUCUGCUGUGGUUAUUCAUAAAGGUGAUAUUGGCAGAAGGAGCUUGGGUACAUCCACCCCCCACCCCACCCCACCCGCCUGCCACACAGUAUCAAGAUAAACUGCUGUGUUUUUAGUAGUGACCUUUACAGAACUGCUCGCUUCUGGGUUUCACUGAGAACAUAAUUAGAUGUUUAGGAAGUUUUUCUGUACUUUCCUUUUUUUUAUUUUUCUGUUGGUCAAAGCCUUGACAACACACUGUUGAAUGAGUCGCAAAAACAGGUUUUUAUAACCGGAUGUGGUAUCAUCACUUUUUCAACAAAACAGAAGAUGUUGCAGUUGUCCGGAUUGCAGGACAUACUUUAUAGUUCCUCUUUUUUAGAACUGUUUGGGCCACGUUUUUUCCAUAGGGUCAACAGGCAGAAGUGAAUUGAUAUGUGACAUCAGGUUUUCCCUGGCAUCAGCUUUGUGGAUGAAAAUAGCUCAUUGCUGUUAUGGCAUUUUGACUAAUCAGAAGCAAGACUUUUAAAAAGCAUGGUAGUGAGUAAGAAAGGCAGGUGUUCAAUAACCCAGAGAUUAGUCUAAUGUUUUCAUGAACAACUCUAAUGUCAGUGUGAUGGGAAGGACUGACUGAUUAUGUUAAUUAUAGCCUUUGGGGACGAGCAGUCCCAACACUUACCUGAACAAUAGCAGGGGUGGGGAAAGUUAGACUGACCCCCAAUUUCCACAGCAUCUGGAACGGCUCCACUACGGAAUGGCAGCGAUUUUCACCAUCCCCCAAUUGCGACCCGAUCCGUUUGCGAGGCAAAUUUCGUGGCGGAUUAUGGACAGCGGGAAUCGCGAGAACUCACAAAAACCCACGGAUUCACGUGCAAUCACGCGAUAACGAGUUGUCUUUAUAAAGACAGCUACAUUACCAUAUAAGCAGUAGAUUGUGUCCUUCCAGAGGAGGAAAUCUGAUUCUAGACUUAUAAAAUCAGGAUUCUCUCAUCCAAGGUGUCAUUGGGGUGAAAUGCUGUCUAUAAACCUUUCACUUGUUCGUCCCUGCCCGUUUGCAUGGUGUGAAACACGAUCCACCUUAAAUACGCAGUGUUUUAUUUUGAAAAGAAGCCGGAUGUUUUAUUUUGUAUCCGUGCCUGACUUCUAUUCCAAUACAGACUAACCUGUGCUGAAUUUAUGCGGCAUGCUGCGGCGUCCUGAAAAAAAUAGAACUCUUGCAAUCAGCUGCGGAGUCCGCUGAUCCACAGGGGAACAGAAGGAAGCCGGUGGAAAUUAAGGCAUUAACUUGAAUGGUUACUAUUAGCUACAAUCAGUGCAUACAGCCUUUUAACAGCCAUUCAGAAUAUGGGGGGAAUUGGGGGUUAGUAGUUGUAACAGUUGGAUUCAGGUUGGUGGCAGCCAUUAAGAGGAACCUACAGGCCAAGGGAGCUCAAGUACACCUGAAAGGCUACAUGAUCUCUAACUUUCGAGAAGUAGAUUUAAAGCUAGUGACGAGCAGUUCUAUGAUAUGAAUGCAUACAGAAAACAAGUUAAGUACAACUGACCCACAACAGUGACAUGAGCGUUAGUCCCAUAGACUGUAUAUAGAAUGGGCAGCAUCUGCCUCCUCGCUGGGUGAAGCCAUCCAGAGAAUAGCACCCUCUGGUGACAGGCUGCAGCAUAGGUCAUAAAUCCCACCUCCUUCGGCAAUUCUUCUGGAGCUGUGGACAAACUUUAGAAAUUAAUUACACAGAAUAUACAGUUUUCUCCCCCCUGGUUGUGAUGUUGACAUGUAGUUAUUGUAAGGCUGGUUUGUGCCCAGGUCCUCUUUUUUCUUCUCUUUUUACAGCUCCAUUUUAAAAAUUUACUAGGAGGUUCAUGAUUUCUAUGAUUGACACUUGAUACAGCCUAUGGGCGUACAAGGAUUGCGUAGCUCAUCUGGGGGAUAUGCUGUUUGGGCCGAGCAUCAUCACAGCAACUCUCCCGCCGAAUGCAUACAAUGCCACUGCGCAAGUGGUGGAGUGUGUACAACGCUACUGUGCAAUUUUGGUUUCAGGAAGUGGCCGAAAAUCACAGAAAUACCAAGAACUUUUCGGCUUCAAAUCCUUAUAUUGGCUGAAGGCAGAACCAAGUUGUCCAUAGUAAAUACAGUCUAUGGUUGUUAUAAUCCCAAUUGGAAUAUUUUUUUGUAUUCAGUUCCAGGUUGGAACUGACUGAUAUCAACAUGAGUACAGUGUAUCAUGAAGACCGUAAAACUCAAGGAAAGCUCACUAAAAAGUUCUUCCAAAAUUUAUUUGAUUGACACUCGUUCCUUUUCUUCUUUUUUGUUCCCAUGGUAAUUGGUACUUGACUUAAUAGCAUUGUCAUAAUUUCUUGAGGGUUUGGAUGACUUGAAUAAGGAUUAAUGAACUGGUUGACAUGUUGAAGAAAAAGAAGCUACAGAUUUUCAAUCAAACAGAUUUACAAACUGGCUCUGUCUGCUUCUCUCAGUUAAUUCGUUUUUGUCCCCUCCCUCAUAUAUACCAGCAAAUUAAAUGGUCUAAUCUUGAUUGUUCUCUUGGCUCUGGCAAACUGCAAAGUGACUCCACAGUAGGUUGGCCUAUGUAGGAAAUAGCCUGUCAAUAAAUUGUCGCUUUAUCUGCCAGUCUGAACUGCAGGGGAAGGAAAGUUUUUUUUUUAAUCAUGGUAAAAAUCUCCAUCCGUUGGCUCACACAGUGAAAAGUAGGCAUGAAGAGGAUGGAGGCCUGCUGAGGAGCUGUGUGAGACUCUGAGAGGUGCCAUUCUUAGUCCAUAUGGAGAAUUUUCAAACAAAAGUCGACUGUAUAUAUUUUGUCAAAUCCUCUUUAUCAUUCACAAAAGAAGAGGUUGGGAUGACCAUGGUAAAUGAUUAGACAUUUAAAGAGGACACAGCUUUGAGUCUAAAGUUGCUUAAAUCUAGAGCACAUUAAUGGAUUUAGUGGAGAGAUAUCCUUCAUUAUCCAUCUUUUAAAUCUCACAAAGAAGAAGUCACUGCAGGCAUUUCACAAAUCUAAGUUAAUAUUUAACAUAUUAGGAGCCUUCAAAUGGUUUCUAAUUAGCUCCUGCAGAUGUCUAGCCAAACAAAAGGCCUCAAUAUAAUACAAAAGAAAAAAAAAGUGCAAAGGCUGUUUAGCACCGUAAGAAUGAGCUGAGAUAAUGAAUGUGGUAUUAAAGGAUUCUUCAGAUGUCUGAAGAGGAAAUGAAUCUGACUCAGUGACAGUUUGAAAAUUUAAGAGCUGCGCUUCGGAGUGUUGAAAGACCACAGAGGGAGCGAGACGAGAAUUAACCUGCAGUUAGGUAACUCUGACAGAUUGUGACCCAGAGGCACAUUUUAUCUACAUACUGACGGUUAUUUAAGCAUAGAGAGAAGAGGGAGCAAUUCUCAGGCUGCUAACUGUGAUUUGGGUGCUUGCACUAAAAGUUUUAUGAAGCAUGAAUUUCAUUUUCCAAUCUAUUUGAUUUAUUACCCCCUGUAGAUCUUUGUGAAUACGUGCACUCUGCAGCUGUGUUUGUUGUUUUAUUACAUUAACCACACAGGCUACUUCACACAGGUUUUAAAGCUGAUUAAGAGGUUCAUCUUUUCAUUUUCAGAGAGUCAAUGGUUUAAGUUCAUUUCGGCAGAAGACUCUAAUGAAUAGAUAGUGGUCUCCGGUGAGUGACCUGUCGCCUUAUAAAUGUCAUCCUGGGUCUACUACAAAACAUAAUACACCUUUAAUAUCAAAGUAAAAUGACUGUGUAUUAAGACAUGACAUGUUGUUUCAAAGGCCCAUGACGUGACGUGGAUAAAAACAAGUGAAACCAAAAAGAGAACAUUUUAUUGUAUUUGUGUUUUAUCCUGCCCAAACCUCAGCUUCUGUUUCAACUAUUUAAACAGAUAUUUUUAAACAGAUCUGUUUAAAUCUAUUGCCAGAAAGAGACAAAUAAUGGUGUGCUAAAUCCUGCGGCAUACAUUUGUUUGUUCUUCAAGAUGACACGGAAUGUAUUUUGCUGUUACAUUUGAAGGACCUCAGUUAGCCUCAACCCUGACAGCUUAGUUUAACACCUGGAUGUGACACAUAAAGACAAUGGGCUCUAUUUUGGUGCCUCGCCGGAGAUCUGCCGCAAGCGCAGCGUCAAUCAGAUCCGCCGCGCUGACAAGGCGUUCCCAAGCACAUUUUGGUAUUUUGGUGGGCCGCGCAGCCCGGCGUAAGUAUCCCCCCUCCCUAACUCAGCUCCUCCCAGCAGCAUACGUCGUGGGGGGAAGGAGAGUGGGUGUGAAGUGAGUUUAACACAGCCGAGUCCAAUUUGUGCCAAUCAAAUAACCGCCUCUCCUCGCCUUUAAAUCCGCCGUCGGCGAGGCGCACUGGCAUUUUCGUGCAGCAGACUCACAGAUGGCCGAGAUGGAAACGAGUGCGAGACAGCCGAACUUCUCUCAGGAGGAAACUGAUGCUCUGGUCCGGGAGGUCCAGUCUCGCAGUGGCCGGAUAUACGGUCACGCGAACAGACCUCCACGGGUCGAUGAUGCAAAAGCAGCCUGGGAAGAGGUAAGUGCUGCUGUCAAUCAAGUUUGCCCGGACGUGCUGAGAACCGCUGCGCAAUGCAAAAAGCGGUUCAAUGAUGUUAGACGACGGGCUAAACUUAAAUUAUCCCACCACCGUCGCCAGACUGCAACGACCGGAGGCGGCCCCUCAACGAGUGUGGUGCUGAGCCCUGCGGAGGACGUGGCGUCCUCCACACUCCCCAAAAUUAGUAUCGAGGGGUUUGGUGUCUCUGAGGUUGGACUCACGGGUAAGACAAACAUUCUUUUCCACAAAUAAAGACACUAACAUGUAUAUUUAACCACGUGUUACUAAGGUGUGUUGUGUGCACAGGUGAUCUGAAAAAAUGCCAUGCGUAAUGGGAUUGAAAUCGGAACCACCUGUGCGUAAAGACGGAUCAAACAAAGCCUGAUUGUAUUUUCUCCCCCUUUCCGCUAAUGUUUGCAUCUGAAAUGAACUUUGCUCACACAAUUUCUAACUUCUUUAUUCUAAAUGAAAGUAUUAACAUUUUUAAAAAAAGAAUUUCUGUGAUUUACUAAAAUAAAAUUUCUGGUCAGCCUCGGCAGAAUUGCCGCCGUCGCGGCAGCAGCAGACCACAAGGAGGAGGAGGAGGAGGAGGAAGAACAGCAGCAGCAGGUGGUCGGGGGGGAGGAGAAGGAGGGAGAGGACGAAGACGACCGCGAGGAGGAGGACCAGGGGGAGCCGGAGCCGGUGCCGGAGACGCGGGAGGGGGCAGGACGUGGAGACGAGCCGGCAACACGGGGUCGGAGACGAAACCGCGUUCAGCGGGAGGACCAGCCCUUCCUGGACACCCAGCGGGCUGGUUUUCUGAUGUUGGAGAGGGAGCUGGGGUCGAUGGGGACGCGGCUUGGGUCGCUGGAGGCCCAGGUGAAGGCUCUCCAGGAGGUCCUCCAGGCCAGCCUGCUCCCCUUAGCCGCUGGCGUUGCGACACUGCAGCGGCUGGUCCAGGUAGCCGAAAGGCUGCUGCCACCAGCAGAAUCAUCCGCCCCCGCCUGUCCCAGGUGGCCGCUGAGGCCGCGCACAAGAGGGGGGCGGCCCCCUGGGUUGACUGACCGACUGCAGCGUCCAGACCCAAGAGGAGGAGGAGGAGGAGGAGGAGGAAGAAGAAGAAGAAGAAGAAGGGGGUUGGGAGGGGAGAAACACAAUAAAAACACUUGUUAA